AUGUGUCACGCAGAACUUACAUCUACAGGGGCAUAUGGCAGUUGGUUUGACAAAGAGCUAGACUGGUGGACACACGAGAGACAAAACCCAAACGUUUUGUUCAUGAGUUACGAGGAACGCAUCAAGGCACCCGAGGAAUCUGUGAGGAAAGUAAUCAGAUUUCUAGAUUUAGAAAAUCUACCCAUGGAUGACAACUUCCUGCAAAAUGUUGUAAAAAGAACUUCGUUUGAAAGCAUGAAAAACGAAGACGGUCAAACGCUCACUAAAGGUUUAGCAAUGCAAACAGGUACAUUUUGCAGAAAAGGGCAAGUUGGAGACUGGAAGAACUACUUCACAGUAAAGCAGAACGAAGAUUUCGACAAAAAAUUCUUUGAAAAAAUGAAGGAGACCGACUUGGCUGUGAUGUUUUAGUGAUUUUCAUUUUUUUAAAAUUAAUUGUCAACUUAAAAAAAAAAAAAGAAUUUUCUUCGUUUAUAAUUUAACCCACAAUAAAAUCCAGCCUGUUUGGCAUUUGUUACUUUAUCAUAUCAUGAUCAUAAAAAAUUAUUUACAAUGAAAGUUGUCUAAAAUCA